AGCGGCCGCCGCCGGGGCCGGGAGCUCCGGGGCCGGUGCGAAGGUGCCGGGGCCGCCGCCGCCGCCCAUGGAGCCCAACGGGACGGCGGCGGCGGGGGACAACGGGACGGCGGCGGCGGGCGGCGGGGCUGCCCCCGGGGGCGGCCCCCUGCUCAUCCCCUCGGCCUUCGGGACGGUGCUGUCGGUGAUGUACGUGGCCGGGGUGGCCGGCAAUGUCUACACGCUGGUGGUGAUGUGCCACUCGGCGCGCUGCGCCGCCCCCAUGUACAGCUCCAUCGUCAGCCUGGCCCUGGCCGACCUGCUCUACCUCUCCACCAUCCCCUUCAUCGUCUGCACCUACCUGGCUCAGGACUGGUACUUCGGGGACCUGGGGUGCCGCAUCCUGCUCAGCCUGGACCUGCUCACCAUGCACGCCAGCAUCUUCACCCUCACCCUCAUGUGCACCGAGCGCUACCUGGCCGUCACCCGGCCCCUGGACACCCUGAAGCGGUCCCGGGGCUACCGGAAGGUCACGGCGGGGGCCGUGUGGUCGGUGUCGCUGCUGCUCACGCUGCCCAUGAUGCUGAUGGUCACGCUGACCGAGGGGGGCAAGGCGGAGGGCAAGGUGAAGAGGAUGUGUGCGCCCACCUGGAGCGUGGAUGCCUACAGGACCUACCUGACCGUGCUCUUCAGCACCAGCAUCAUGGCCCCGGGCAUCAUCAUCGGCUUCCUCUACACGCGCCUGGCCAGGACCUACCUGGAGUCCCAGAGGAACCCCCCCCACAAGGAGAAGAGCAAGAGAUCGCCCCGGCAGAAGGUCCUCAUCAUGAUUUUCAGCAUCGUGCUGGUCUUCUGGGCCUGCUUCCUGCCCUUCUGGAUCUGGCAGCUGGUGCGCCUCUACAGCAGCUCCCUGCAGCUCACCACCCAAACCCAAAAGUGCAUUAACUACCUGGUGACCUGCCUGACCUACAGCAACAGCUGCAUCAACCCCUUCCUCUACACCCUGCUCACCAAAAACUACCGGGAGUACCUGCGCAACAGGCACCGCAACUUCUACAGGUUCACAUCCUCCUUCCGCAAGAGGGGCUCCAGCCUGCAGUGCUCCUGGGGCCGCUCCAUGUCCUCCAGCAACCAGUACGAAUACAGCUCGGAGGCGCUGGGCAUGGCCACGCUGAAGGACAAGUGAGGAAGAGGAGGCGCUCCCAGCACACAGGACCGGCAGAGCGUCCGGCCAAGGUAGGGCUUUGGGAUCCCCUGGCCCUGAAGGGUUCUUAAAGCUCGUUUCUGGUGCUCUCUCUAGCCGGGGGCAAGAAGCUGUGUGAAUCCAAAUGCUGCGAGAUGAGAUGAGAUGAGAUGAGAUGAGAUGAGUUUCCAUCUGGCUGAGGGCUGUUGGGGGGGUCCUGCCGGGAGCCAGCAGCUGUUUGGGACAGAUCCUGCAGGGUUUGGGGUGCAGAAGAUGAGCUGGAUGCUCUGUCCAGCUCUGGCACAAACUCUUCUCCUGCCUGGCUGAGUUUCGGCUCCAGCUCCUCACCCCGUGGUUUCUCUGCGCUGUCCUGGGGCUGCAGCUGGGUCAGAGCUGCAGAAAUCUGAACCUGGCCCGGUAUCACUUCACUGAGCUGCCAGCCGUGUGUGUUACCAUUGUCUGUUUCUGGAGUGUGUAAAGAGACUUUUAAGCCCCUUUUCGUAUUUCCUGUUACAUUACAGUGCACUACUGUUCUGUCAUGCUUCAAGUCUCUAUUUUGAAAUUCAUUGCAGCAGCACUUUGAACUCCAAGCAUUCAAAAACCACCAGGUAAGCUGUCAGAAACCACAGGAUUACCUAAAAAAACCAAAAACUCUUGUAACUUUUUAAGGUUUCUACCUAAGGUGGUUUGAAUUUGCCACUGAUAUUUUUUUCUUGAAAAAGUUGGUCCUUUUCUUAAAAGUCAACAGAGCUUGACAAACCUAAAAAUUUACCUUGGAAGAAAUAAAAAAUUAUUUAUGAUCCUGUCACUCAAAGACCUGAGGCUCUAAGAAAAAUUACUGAAUCCUAUAUCAUGAAACUCAUUAUAAAAAAGAGAUUUUUUUUCAUGACAUUUGAUCAAAACCAGUUUUGCCUCAAUGUAUUCUGCUCAUUUUCUCCCUGCUUGGCAUCUCACACUAAACCUUCACCACAGAGAUGCCUGUAAGCACUUAAACAAUUGUAAAGUGUCAGUUUAUAAAUAAAUGCUUAUUAAAAAUGGACCCUCCUCAGGUUUCCCCUCGCCUGCUCUCUUCACCCAGCUCAGGGGGUGAUGCCACAGUUCCCAGCUCUGGGGAUGAAGUUGGGGUCAGAAUCCUUCUCUCUUGUUCUGGGAUGGACUCUGGGGAUAAGAAAAGCACAGUAUGAGUUGCACAAACUCUUGUCAGCAGCUGGUGAUGCCCAGGGAGUUCAGAAGCAGCAGCAGAGUAAGGAACUGUCAUUUCCACUCUUUUGUUAUUAUUAAUUUAUUUAUUACUUAUUCCAACCCCCAUCUGCCUGAGCAGAGUCCCACUCCAGCCCUGCAGUGCAUUCCUGUGUCCUUGGGUGAUCCUCUCAUGUCCCACACCAAAAUUUAGGGUGUGCUUGUGCUACAGCAGAGACACAAAGUGCCAACACCACAGGCAGGGGCUGAGAGCAGAGAACAGGCACAGAGAUGGGAUUUUGUGCACUCAGAACAGAAAAAUUCACAAGUUGGAUGAAGAUGUUUCUGUGCUGGAGUCAGCAUUCUCUUGGGAUGCUUUUGGGGGAGCAGGGGAAUGAGGACCUCACCUUUCCCAUUUCACUUUUAACCACAGAACUCUCUUUGAACCACCAGGGAUCACUUUGUCAUAUUCCAGUGCUGCACAGACUCCAAGCUGGGCAUCAUGAAUAGUCCUAAUAUUGUCCAUUCCUUCUGAAAUAGGGGGACUAACACACAAUUCAUCUUGGGAAUUGGCAGGGAGAGCAGGAUUCAGCAGAUUUUUCAGAACAACUUUUCAGAAAUUAAUUGAUUUUUUUUUUAAUUGUUAAUUCUAAAUUCAUUGUUACUUUUCCUUUGGUUCCCAUUUCUGAGGGUGGAAGUAACUCCCAUACAAGAAUUAAAAAGAUAAGGCUGAACUCAGAAGGCGUUUUGGGAAGAAUGAAUGUCGUGCAAAGUGUGUCUGGACAGAAGUCCUGGCAGAGCCAAGCAUGGCUGCAUCCCAUGAGCUGG